AUGGACAUAAAAAUUUGGUUAUUUUUUAAUGUAUUAUUCUUUUUCAUAACGUGUAAUUGUUCCGAGACACUCAAUUCUACUCAGAAUGUCAACGCAUCGAACAUUGCACAAGGAAAAGAUACUGAUUACAAGAAGGACAAACGUGCGUGGGACAUUGGCUUGACAAUAGGAUUCUCAACCGCAGCAAUCAUAUCAAUAGUCGGUAAUAGCAUAGUCAUCCAUGUGGUACGAACCACCCGCUCCAUGCAAACUUCAGUCAACCUCUACAUUGCCAACAUGGCGCUCUCCGACAUCAUUUCUACCGUUUUCUGUAUGCCACUAUCUCUGCAAAGUCUCUAUAGCUUUGAUUCCUGGCUUCAAGGCACAGUCGGUUUGAUUCUUUGUAAACUCGUUUAUAUCAUGUUUUACACAUCGUUCGCUUGUUCGACAUUUAAUCUUGUAGCAGUGGCUUUUGAUCGCUAUCUUGCAGUGAUCAAGCCUUUUUAUCGAUAUCCCGCUAUAGUUGUCAAGUGUAUCCUACCCUUUAUCUGGAUCACAAGCAUCGUAAUUUCACUACCAAUCGCCUCGUCCUACUCAAAUAAAUAUAAGCCAUUAAGGGAUGAAAAAUACACAAUAUGUCUUGAUUUGGAGCGUGACAAUGGUUAUGUAGUUGGCGUGACUAUCAUGACGUUACUUUGCUACGUGCUACCAUUGGCUAUAGCAUCGACACUCUACGCAAUGACUGGACGGAAGCUUUGCAAACGUUCUAAAAUGUCUAUCGCGUCACGCAGCGAUAGAACCAAAGAGCAGGCUCGUAGGACUGCUAUGAAAGCAACCAAGUUGAUGGUGACUGUGAUUGCGAUCUUUUCCUUAUGUUGGGCGCCAUUUUUUAUUUAUCACAUGGCGAAGGCCUGGUACGAGGGUAAUCUGAAUGAAGAACUGGAAUGGGUUUACCGACCAUUAUGUUUUCUAUUUGCAUCAAUUAAUGGAGUAAUAAACCCUUUGCUAUAUGGUUCAUUCAGUGGGAAUUUCCGUUAUGGGAUCAAGUCGAUUCUUUUGUGCGAUAGCAACAAAGUGCGUAGGAUCAACACUUUACCUCAAGCUCGACAAAACCACAUGAAAAUGGCUCAUAAACCAACUUAUUCUUGAAAAUACCACGUUAUUUCUUAAUUGCGCUUUGUGUUCCUUUUCUACUCAGUUUUUCCUGCUUGACGCCACAUCCUUUUUUGUUAAAAAUCUCUUGAGUUUGWGUCCUUGAUGCUGUGCAGUUUGUGUGCUCUAAGUAGAGUGAUGGUGUAAAUGUAUAUAAAACUAAAAAUAAAAUAUGUUAUAGUGUAUGGUAUAUACAAUAAUAAAACAACUCCGGCCAUUAGUGCCGUUAGUUAGACAUUUUGGGGAAGACAGUAAGAAAAUAGAAUAUCUCGAGAUAACUUUGGUUAUUAGCUUCUUCUUAUCGAUGGGGACACUUUGCACCAAUAAUAGAAAGCCUGAUUAUCAAGGCUUCGAGGAGGGGGACCUGUGGACAUACAAUCCAUGUAGUACUGUUUUGGAAAUCUUAAUAAUUAUUUUUUUCAAGAAACAUGCAUUUCAAGGCUUUAAAUUUAGCGAUGCUCUUGUAAUUCAUACCUCAAAUAAGCUCCCAACAUCUAUUUCGUGAUUAGUCGUUGAAGUCACCAACAAAGACAAUUUUUGCAUAUUUCAUCAUAUUACUGUUCAAUACAAUUUUAAUGCUGAUUUCAGGGUACGAUCGCGUCUUUUGUGUCUAGCGUGUACCUAUAGGAUGUAAAGUUUUCCCAUUUCACAGCAAAUGUCAUUAUUAGAAAUCAUUUCUUUGUUUAACUUGAACUGCUGUGCAUAAGAAAAGCUAAGAUACAUAAACAUGGAUACAACUGAAACAAAGAAUCUUAUUCUCGAGAGAAUUACAUGUGGUCUGAAAUGGUAAUGAUAAAAGGGUCUGAAAUGGGAAAACAUUUCCCCCAAGGCAAAGAGGUCUAUUGAGAUGGACAAUGAAAACUUCCAAAUAAGAGUUUCACGCCAUGUAAAAUUUAAAAAAAACAACAACCCCUCUGUCCAUCCAGUUGAUACCAGCUGGAGUAAAAAGGGACUGAUAAAAGGGUCUGAAAUGGGAAAACAUUUCCCCCAAGGUAAAGAGGUCUAUUGAGAUGGACAAUGAAAACUUCCAAAUAAGAGUUUCAUGACAUGUAAAAAGUAAAAAAAA